AAAAUGUUUUUAUAUAUAAACUGUACUGUAGUCCACAACAGUCACAGUUUGCAUUCUAUACUCAAAUUAAACAGUUCAAGUCGUUUAACAGGAGAUCCAAGAUGUUCAAGAUCAUCGCUCUGGUUGCCUGUCUGGCCGUUGUUGCCUCUGCCCAGUACUACGGAGGAGAUCACGGCCAUGAAGAUUAUCACCACAGCCAUCCGAGCUACAAGUACGAGUACGGAGUUAAGGACUCGCACACCCACGACCACAAGAGCCAGUGGGAGUCCCGUGAGGGAGACCACGUUAAGGGACAGUACACCGUGGAUGAGGCCGAUGGAACCCACCGUGUUGUAGACUACAGCUCGGACCACAAGACCGGAUUCCAGCCCCAUGUCCAGCGAGUGGGUCAUGCCCAUCAUCCCCAUGGCGAGAGCUACUCCAACAUCAAGCAGCACUACUGA